UGCUGCUGCUGCUGCCAUUGGCUCUGCUGCACAGUGUCCGGUCUGCUCCAGUGUGCCCAGAGGAACGCACCACGUCUCUGCCCGCACCGGGACGAUCAGCAAGGCUACGUACCGCAGAUCACCAGGUGCCAGAGCCCGGAGAGGAGAGAGAGCAAACAUGUCGUUCAUCCAGGUACCUCCAGACAGUGACUUCUCCAUCCACAACCUGCCCUAUGGAGUCUUCUCUACGGCCAACUGUCCCAAACAUCGUAUUGGUGUUGCUAUUGGCGACCAGAUCCUGAUCCUCAGUGUGAUCAAGUCCCUUUUCCAAGGCCCAGUCAUGUCUAAGCACCAGGAUGUCUUUGAGCAGGAGACACUCAAUGCCUUCAUGUCCCUGGGUCACGAGGCCUGGAGGGAGACCAGGAGGACACUGCAGACACUGCUCUCGGCCAAUCACAGCACUUUGAGGGACGACUGCGAGCUGCGAGCCAGAGCGUUCAUUCCCCAGAGCACUGCCACCAUGCACCUCCCAGCACACAUCGGGGACUACACAGACUUCUACUCCUCCCGAGACCAUGCCACCAACGUGGGGAUCAUGUUCCGAGGGAAAGAAAACGCGCUCAUGCCAAACUGGCUGCGGUUGCCAGUGGGGUACCACGGCAGAGCCUCUUCGGUUGUGGUGUCUGGGACCCCCCUGCGGCGCCCCUCAGGACAAAUGAGACCAGACCAGAGUAAACCUCCAGUGUUUGGACCGUCCAAGCAGCUGGACAUCGAGCUGGAGAUGGCCUUCUUUGUGGGUGAGGGGAACCGUCUGGGAGAGCCCAUCCCUGUGGAGAAAGCCCAUGAACAUAUCUUUGGCAUGGUCCUGAUGAAUGACUGGAGCGCGCGGGAUAUCCAGGCAUGGGAGUAUGUUCCUCUGGGCCCGUUCUUGGGAAAGAACUUUGGCACCACCAUCUCACCAUGGGUGGUCCCCAUGGAGGCACUCAUGCCCUUUGCAGAGCCUAACGCAGUCCAGGACCCAGAGCCCCUUCCUUACCUCCAGCACCAAGAUCCAUACACCUUCAACAUCAACCUGUUUGUGGCUAUCAAAGGAGAGGGCAUGGUGCAGGCUUCAACCAUCUGUCGGUCCAACUUCAAGUUCAUGUACUGGACCAUGAAGCAGCAGCUGGCCCACCACACAGUGAAUGGCUGUAACUUGCGUCCUGGAGACUUGCUGGCCUCAGGCACCAUCAGCGGCCCGGAGCCUGAGAGCUUCGGGUCCAUGCUGGAGCUGUCCUGGAGGGGCUCAAAGACCAUCGACCUGGGAGGAGGAGAGAGCCGCACAUUCCUGAAGGACGGAGAUGAGGUCAUCAUCACAGGCUACUGUCAGGGCCCCGGGCACAGAGUGGGCUUUGGCUCCUGCUCCGGGGUUAUUCUUCCGGCUCUACAGCGCUAAAUCUACCUCACAACAACACCUCCAAACUAGAGAGCAGAUCGGAGAGCAGAGGACCAGAGCGGAGAGCAGAGGACCAACGCAGAGGAGUCGACCACUAACGGCUGUCUCACAUUCAAAUGUUACUGCUGUUUGACAAUCAGUGUUACUGAAGUUUGAUACAAAUUUAUAAUAAAACAUGUAUUUUUA